GUUCUUUCCUUUUCCUUUUCUUUUUCUUUUUCUUUUUUUCUUUUUUCUUCUUUUUCUUAUUCUUAUUAUAUCAAUAAUAUAAACAAGAAAAUGUCUAGUAUGAAUAUCGACAACGAACAUUCUAUCGAUGAAGGCUUGUAUUCUCGUCAAUUAUACGUUUUGGGUCACGAAGCCAUGAAGAAAAUGAGCGUUGCUCACGUACUUAUCAUUGGUUUGAAGGGACUUGGUGUGGAAAUCGCCAAAAACGUUAUUCUUGCUGGUGUUAAAAGCGUUACUCUUUAUGAUCCUGAAGCUGCACAAUUAUCUGAUUUAUCAGCACAAUUUUAUCUUCGACCAGAAGAUGUGGGAAAAUCUCGCGCCCAAGUCUCUCAAGCACGUUUGGCUGAACUUAAUCAAUAUGUACCUGUCCAUGUUAUUGAAGGUGAAUUGACUGAACAAGUCCUCAAGAACUACAAGACUGUUGUCGUCACUGAACUUACACUUUCGAAGCAACUUCAACUGUCCGAUAUUUGUCACGCAAACAACAUUCAUUUCUUAUCUACUGAAGUCCGUGGUCUCUUUGGUCGUAUCUUUAACGAUUUUGGUAAGCAAUUUGAAGUGAUUGAUGCUACUGGUGAAGAACCUUUGACUGGUAUGGUUGCUGCCAUUACAAAGGAUGCUGAAGGUGUAGUUACUUGUCUUGAUGAAACUCGUCAUGGAUUGGAAGAUGGGGAUUAUGUUACUUUCGAAGAAAUUCAAGGAAUGACGGAAUUGAAUGCAUCAAAGGCACGCAAGAUCAAGGUGUUAGGUCCUUAUACUUUCAGCAUUGGUGAUACUACUGGAUUAUCUGAUUAUAUCAGAGGUGGUGUGUUUACGCAAGUCAAAUUACCAAAGUAUGUCGACUUUUUAUCUUUCCGUGAAUCUAUUGCCAAACCUGAAUACCUAGUAUCUGAUUUUGCCAAAUUCGAUCGUCCUGCUCAAUUACAUGUUGGAUUCCAAGCUCUUCAUCAAUUUAUUGAACAAAACAACCGAUUUCCCAAACCAAGAAACGAACAAGAUGCAAUCAAAGUGGUUGAAUUCGCUAAAGCAUUGGCGACUACAUUGGAUGACAGUCUGGAGGUAGAUGAUAAAUUGAUCAAGGAACUUGCUUAUCAAUCUUCUGGUGAAAUUUCUCCCAUGGUGGCUGUUUAUGGUGGUCUAGCUGCUCAAGAAGUGUUGAAAUCCGUUAGUGGAAAAUUCAAUCCUAUUUUCCAACAUAUGUACUUUGAUGCCUUGGAAGCUUUACCCAAAAACUCUAACUUGACUGAAGAACUAUGUGCUCCUAUUGGAUCUCGUUAUGAUGGACAAAUUGCGGUGUUUGGUCGUGAAUUCCAAGAAAAAAUCGCAAAUACAAAUGAAUUCUUAGUUGGUGCUGGUGCUAUUGGUUGUGAGAUGUUGAAGAACUGGGCUAUGAUGGGUUUAGGGGUUGGUCCUCAAGGUCGUAUUACUAUUACUGAUAUGGAUACUAUCGAAAAGAGUAAUUUGAAUAGACAAUUCUUGUUUAGACCCGCUGAUGUUGGUAAAUUGAAAUCGGAAUCUGCUGCUGUUGCUGUAUCCAAGAUGAAUCCAGAUUUGUCUGGAAAGAUUGAUGUACAUCAAGAACGUGUUGGUCCGGAAACUGAAAAUAUUUAUAAUGAUGACUUUUUCGAGAAACUUUCUGGUGUUACCAAUGCCCUUGAUAAUGUUGAAGCUCGAAAAUAUAUGGACAGACGUUGUGUUUACUAUCGCAAACCCUUACUAGAGUCUGGUACUUUGGGAACAAAGGGCAAUACUCAAGUGGUGCUUCCUUAUCUUACUGAAUCCUAUUCCUCAUCGCAAGAUCCUCCCGAAAAGGCCAUUCCUAUCUGUACCCUUAAGAACUUCCCUAAUGCCAUUGAACACACCAUUCAGUGGGCUCGUGACUUGUUCGAAGGUUAUUUCAAGCAACCUGCUGAUAAUGUCAAUCUCUAUUUGGCAGAACCCAAUUUUGUUGAAACUACUCAAAAGCAAGGUGGUAGUCAAAAGGAAACUUUGGAAUCGGUAUACAACUUUUUGGUCAAUGAAAAGCCUCUCUCCUUCGUUGAAUGUAUUGCCUGGGCUAGACUCAAGUUUGAAGAAGUAUAUAGCAACAAUAUCAAACAAUUAUUAUUCAACUUCCCUAUAGAUGCUGUGACAUCUACUGGUCAACCUUUCUGGUCUGGACCCAAACGUGUACCUGAACCUAUUCAAUUUGAUCCUGACAAUGCUACCCAUAUGGAUUUCGUUGUUUAUGCUGCCAAUCUACAUGCAUUCAACUAUGGCAUGAAAGGUGAAACUGAUCGUAAUUUAUUCCGUCGUGAAUUGACCAAGAUUCUUGUUCCCGAAUUCAAACCAAAGGAAGGUGUCAAGAUUCAAGUACAUGAAAAUGAAACAGUUGACAACAGUAGCUCCGAUUCUAUCGAUGAUAUCAUCAAUAGCUUGCCUACUCCUUCCACUUUGGCAGGUUUCCGACUUGAACCUUGUGAAUUUGAAAAGGAUGAUGACACCAAUUUCCAUAUCGAUUUUAUUACAGCGGCAUCCAAUUUGCGUGCUAUCAACUAUGGUAUCAAUCCUUCUGAUCGACACAAGACUAAAUUUAUUGCUGGUAAAAUUAUUCCUGCUAUUGCCACCACUACUUCUCUUGUCACUGGUCUUGUGUGUCUCGAACUUUACAAGAUUAUUGACGGAAAGGACAAUUUGGAAGAUUACAAGAAUGGAUUUGUCAAUUUGGCUCUACCUUUCUUUGGCUUUUCUGAACCUAUUGCUAUGCCCAAGAUGGAAUACAAUGACAAGGAAUUUAGUUUAUGGGAUCGUUUUGAUAUUGAACAAGACCUCACACUCAAGGAGUUUAUUGAUUACUUUGAAAAGGAACAUCAAUUGGAAGUUACUAUGGUAUCAUCAGGUGUAUCUAUGCUCUACUCAUUCUUUAUGGCAAAGAAGAAGGCUGAAGAAAGAUUGAACAUGAAGAUAUCCAAAGUGGUGGAAACUGUUUCCAAGAAGCCUAUUCCUUCUCAUGUCAAGGCUGUUAUUGUUGAAAUCUGUGCCAAUGAUAAGGAAGGAGAAGAUGUUGACGUUCCUUAUGUUCGUGUCAAGGUUAGACCAUAGAUUAUUCUUCUUUUCAUUCUCUGUUUAUCUAUAUCACUAUUUGACCCGUCUCUAUUGAAAAAUAAAAUAAAAUUCUUUUAACUAUUUGAUGAUCCUAA